AUGGCCGCGACUUACGACCCUCACGAGCCCUGGAGACUUCCCAUCGACCCUCAUGAAUGGCACUCAGCAUACACAGUCCCCCAUCUGACGGUGGCGACCGUCUUCCCCUCCCCAAUCAGCGAUGGAUUCUUUGGCCCACCCGCGAACACCCUUCGAGAGGACGCUCUGAGGCCAUACAGGCAACGAACGAGCCCCGCUUACCACUGUAUAGUCGCUGUUCGCGACCACAGGCGGAGCUGCGCGGCGGCCAAAAUUCCUCGCGAAAUAUGGCUCCAUAUCUUCAAUCUCAGUCUGGGAUCUUAUCGCGGUGAAGGCGAUGAACGUUUUCGACCAUCUAUCCACUCGACGCCUCUGAAACUUGUUCAUCUCACGAGGGGCCUCAGAGCCGUCGCCCUCGGAGCACCUGAGCUCUGGUCCACCAUUUGCAUCGCCCCAAAUCGACAUGGCUCGUUUCCUGACCUGCGAAUCGUUCGUACUUGGCUGAAGUGGGCUCAAACGCGGCCGUUGACCAUCCUCUUCGACCCCGGCCAUGAUCUGUGGACAUUGGGUAGGAACGAAACACCCAUUCCAAGGCUCUUCAACGAACUGGCGCGGUACAUGACUCAAUGGGAUACCGUCAAAUUUUGGACCCCUUGGACGAAAUACUUCCAAGCCAUGAAUGCCCCGCCUCAACUUCGGUCACUCAUCGUGGAAGGUCCUGAUGUCGAUCUCUACUCUGUGACUCCCUUCAUCUCCAACUUUGUGCGAACAGCAAAAUCUUUGAAGAGCUUCGAGUGGUUAGAUAGGAUCGGCAGGGAGCGCCGGCACGUUCCUGGGUUCUUGCAGCAGUUCCCCUUUGCCUCGACUAGGAUCACUCGACUGGACUUGAUGAACACCCUGGAUGUGACGGAGUUCCUUCAAGUGAUGUCUCGAAUGCCGCUGUUGAAGGAAUGCACCAUCCAGAACCUCCUCUUGUCGCCUACACCUACACAGCCGAUCCCUCUGAUCCACUUGCCGGAGCUACGGACACUGAAGCUGAACGUCGACAUGGAUUACUUUAACAGUAGGGAGGAGAACGGACCUGUGCUGACGACUGCCUUGUCAUAUCUAGUCGCCCCUGCCUUGAGGAGCCUGUCGUUGGGCUACGACGAGGAAUGGGACCAAUACAGGUUCGAGACCUUCCUCCAGCAAUCGCGCUGUGCGCUUCACAAAUUGCACUUCAACGUCGUGUGCAUCACGGAAGGUGAACUGUUGAGGACCUUCCAACUUCUUACCAAGACGACCCGGUUGGAGGAGUUGACCCUCAACACAGGAUCCGAGGAUGAAUCGCCUUUGACAGUGAACAUCAUUCGAGGCAUGAUACCAAACCCUACAUAUUACCUCUUACCCACCCUCCGAUCCAUCACCGUCAACGGUUCAACCCUCAAGCAUUCCAAAGGGGACUUUGCGCAGAUGGUCCACGCUCGGGCGUAUGUUCGCCACGGGCAAAUGCGUAGCAUCCAUAUCGCGCAGCCAUUCAAGAAGAGAAAAUUGAAGGAUUUGGAGCCGCUUCAGCGCCUUCCUGGGUUGUGGGUGACCCUAGAGAAGGACUGA